AUGGUAACACUAGACGUCCAGGUGAGGACGCUGCAGCAGGCGGUGCAGCAGGCGGAGCAGCAUCUGGGCCGGCUCUGCGUCCUGCUGGCGUCCUACACCAGGAAGACGGCCCGGCUGAGGGACAAGGCCGACCUGCUGGUGGUCCAGCUGCUCCACCUGUCCGGCUGCGAGGGCCCCGAGCUGCAGCUGGCCCUCAGGAGCCUGGCCCAGGACCUGGCCGCGGUGCAGGACUACAGGCAGGCUCAGGUGGAGCGGCUGGAGAGCAGAGUGGUGGCUCCGCUGAAGGCCUACGGAGACAUCGUGAGGAGCAAGAGGAGCGACCUGAAGAGGUUCAGUUCUGACCUGAGCAGAGAGAUGAAGGAGCUGCAGAAGCUGGAGAAAGUUCGUCUGAGGAACCCUGCAGAUCGACAGAGCAUUUCUCAGGCAGAAGUAAACGCUCAGAAAGCCUCCAACAGCGCCCAGCGCAGCUCCAGGCAGCUGGAGGACACCAUCACUGACUUCCAGAGACAGAAGGCGGAGGACCUGAAGAGGAUUUUCUCGGACUUCAUCACAGUGGAGAUGCUGUUCCAUGCCAAAGCCCUGGAGGUCUACACACACACCUAUCACAACCUGGAAGCUCUGGACACCCAGAGGGAUGUGGAGCUGUUCAGUGGACGGAUCAGAAUGUCUGACUCUCUGAUGGGCCCCAUGGACAGCCUUCUGAGCGGCCCCUCGUCCCCCCUCGGCUCCAGCCCCCCUCUGGCCUCUCUGAAGACCCCCGUCCCAGGCUCCAGGCCAACCUGGACCACCGGACCCAGGCAGCAGGACUCGGCCCGCAGGGUUAGUCUCGAGGAGGAGGAGGAGGAGGAGGAGGAGGAGGAGGAGGAGGAAGAGGAGGAAGAGGAGACCGAGGAGGACCAGCACCCCAGCAGACAGUUGUAUGCUGCUCAGUUCGCUCAAAUGCGUAGAUGGAAACACUAA